AUGUACGAUUGUUACACGACGCAAGUGCGUGCCGCCGACGGAUUCACGGCGCCCAUCCGUAUUCGCUCGGGCGUCAAGCAGGGUUGUCCGUUAAGCCCCAUUGUUUUUAACAUCGCCAUCGACUCGGUGUUGCGUGCAACCACCGAGUUCAAUGACGAAUAUCGGCUUCACGGUCACCGGUGGAGCACAUUGGCUUAUGCGGAUGACAUUGCACUCCUGUCAUCGACGCCCGAGAGAAUGCGGGGACUGCUCAAUGCAGUGGAAACGGAGGCAGCGUCGGUAGGGUUGCGGUUCAACCCUGCCAAAUGUACCACCCUGCACAUCGGUGUGGGCAAUGGCGGCAGGGUCCUGCCGACAUCAUUCAGGAUCCAGGGCCAACCGAUACGUCCGCUGUUAGAGGGUGAAUCCUGCGAACACUUCGGGGUUCCAACGGGAUUCUCCGCCGACCAGACGCUCUACGCCACUGUCGGGGACAUCGUCUCUGACCUCCAGGCAGUUGACCGUUCUCUCCUCGCUCCGUGGCAGAAAUUUGAUGUUAUGGCAACGUUCAUCCUGCCCCGUUUGGAUUUUCUGCUGCUGGGAGCCAGGGUAUUGAAGCGUCCUCUCACGGCCAUAGACAAAACCAUCCGUCAUUACGUGAAAUCCUGGAUGAAUCUCCCUCAGCGAGCGAGUGCGGAGGGCGUCUACAUGCCACCCAAAUGGGAGGGGGAUGGACUCCUGCCGCUCUCAGAUCUCGCUGACGUCUUGUUUAUCGCUCACGUUUUCCGUAUGCUUACAGUGCGUAACGCGGCGGUCAGGACGUUGACGUGGGAAUCAUUGAGGGAAAUGGUUCGUCGCACGAUCGGUCACGUCCCUAGUUGCGAGGAUAUCGCCAGUUUCCUCUCUAGCUCGCUGGAGGGGAAUCUGAGGGACGGAGGGGAGGUUUUGCUCUGGUCGAGGGCUCGGAACGCCGCAAGGAGACAGUCGGAGAGGUUGUUGCUGCGAUGGCGGUGGGUCGAUGAGAUGGAGGAGAUGAUAUUGGAAUGCCGAGGUCCCAGAGGAGCGGCGAUUAAGAUUCCGCCUGGAGCGCGCGGCCUGAUUGUGGGUCGGUUGCGCUCAGCUGUAGCAGAGCACUGCGCGAGUACUCUACUCGCUAAGAAGGACCACGGAAAGGUCUUCAAGGUGUCGUCGCGGUGCCGAGUGAGCCAUCAUUUUAUCCGCGGCGGCAGCUUCACUCGCUUCGCCAACUGGCGCUUUAUACAUAAGGCCCAUCUAGACGUUUUGCCCCUCAACGGCGAACGGCGUUGGGGGGAAGGAGACAAGCGCUGUCGGCGAUGCGGUGAAGUAUCGGAGACACUUCCCCAUGUGCUUUGCCACUGCGGUGUCCACUUUGCCGCAAUACAAAUGAGGCACAACGCUGCAUUGCACCGCCUCUGA